AAGUCUAUAUAACAGCUGCUUGUUGAUUAAACUGGGUUUCUUGACUGGAGACAGUUCGUCAGCCCAGAAUCUGAAGUUCCAGUGGGGGUUAAAAAGAAAACUCCAGGGACAACAUGGCCUAUCAAUCAGAGGUGAUUAUUGACGCUCAGCCACAACCUACAGGCACCAGCUACACAUUCAGUAGCCAGGGAAGCUGGAGUUCUGACCUGUGUGACUGCUGUUCUGACAUGGGCAUCUGUCUUUGUGCCACCUUUGUACCCUGCAUCCUUGCCUGUCGGGUGUCCGAGCAGGCAGGUGAGUCCUGCUGUCUUCCACUUUUGCCAGGGGCUCUCAUCGCUCUUCGUACGGGUGUGCGUGAUAAAUACCGUAUUCAGGGGUCUAUCUGUGAAGACUGGGUGGUCAUGUCCUGCUGCCCGUUGUGUGGUCUCUGUCAAAUGGCAAGAGAGCUGAACAGGAACUGAGAAGAUGGGCGAGGUGGCCAAUCUUCGUUCUGGUGAAAGUAAACGAAGAGAGGAAGAAAUGAAUCAUGGGAGGCAGAGCUAGGGCUGUCAGAUCUGAACUGGGGGUGGGGGGAAGCGGGCACGAGAUCGCAACAGAAAUAAUUUUCAUAUCUCUUUGCUGUUUUGUUCACUAGAGUUUAAAAUCCCACCAUGCAAAAUCCUGCAGAAAAAAAGAAAGCAUGCAUGCAUGCAUGCAUGC